GGGUUGAUGGUUGUCAUCCAAAAACACAAAGAAGAAAAUGACAAACAAAGGGAGAAGCGUAUUGAGCUUAUUCACAAGCUGUACUCGGAAGCGACAACCCAAAAACAUUCCAUCAUCAACUCAAAUCAAACAAAGGAGCAAUUCUUCCUCAACCUCCUCCAAGCACUUCCGCCCAAAUUUGGAGGAGAUCAAAUGGGCGUUCGAGAAGUUCGACUCGAAUAAGGAUGGAAAGAUCUCGUUUGAAGAGUACCAGGCAGCACAUCGUGGCAUGGCUGGAAGCAAAGAGAUCUCAGAUGAGGAGGCGGCGAAGUCAUUCAAGUUUGUGGAUGUGGACGGAGAUGGAUUUGUGGACUUGAAGGAGUUUUUGGAGUUGUACACAAUGAGCGGCGGGGAAGUGAGGGUAGGCGACAUCAAAAGCGCCUUCCAAGUGUACGAUUCCAAUGGAGAUGGAAAGAUAAGUGCAGAGGAAGUGAUGGCGAUCAUGAACACAUUGGGGGAGCGCACCACUCUAAAGGCGUGCAAACAAAUGGUAAAAGGUGUGGACAUAGAUGGGGAUGGCUUUAUUGAUAUCGAUGAGUUUUCUAAGCUCAUGGGCACGUAUUCUAGUAAGUUUCAAAAUUAAGGAGCCUCAAGCAAUAUGUACCUACAGUUUUUAUACAAUUGAAUGUAGGAAAGCAAAUUUUAAGCUAUAUUUGUGGUGGUUAACUUUAAAUUACUUCCGUUUUCCUUCGUAUGUUCCUUCCUUUUUUUGCUUGUAUCAAUGUGACACUACUAGUCAUCAUGAAAAGUGUAGAUUUAUGAUGUUUGAGUGAUA